AUGUCUUUUCGAGGUGGUAGAGGUUUCGGAGGUGGCAAUAGAGGCCGUGGAGGCAGUUUUGGGGGUCGCGGGGGUGGCUUUGGAGGAGGAGGACGUGGUGGAGGUUUUGGAGGCCGGGGUGGAAGAGGUGGAGGUGGAGGACGUAACUUUGACCAGGGCCCUCCUGAAAGAGUGAUUCCUCUAGGAUUUUUUGAAAAGGUUGUUCAGGAUGAGUUGAUAUGCAAGGUGGAAAUUGAGGAUGUACCCUAUUUCAAUGCACCCAUUUAUUUGGAAAAUAUGGAACAAAUUGGGAAGAUUGAUGAGAUUUAUGGACCAGUGAGGAAUUACUGGGUGACAGUAAGACUAGGGGAUGAUAUGAAAGCAAGCAGUUUUCAGAUAAAUCAAAAGCUCUUCAUAGACCCAACGAAACUCCUCCCCCUCCAGCGCUUCCUGCCGGGCAACGAGAAAAGGGGCGGUAGUAGGGGCCGCGGGGGCAGGGGCGGCCCGGGCGGUGCCAGGGGCGGCUUUGGAGGCGGCAGAGGAGGUGGUGGCAGAGGAGGCGGUGGUAGGGGAGGCGGUGGCGGCAGAGGCGGUUUCGGAGGCCGAGGCGGGGGCGGCAGAGGGGGCGGUUUCAAUAGGAACAGUGGCGGAGGCGGCGGUUAUAAUAGGGACAGCGGUGGGGGCGGAGGAGGUUUUAAUAGGGACAGGGGAUUUAAGAGGAACAGCGAGGGGGGAGUCAAGAACUGGUAG